CGACAGAGUUACUGCUCCUCUACUCCCUCUCUGUCUCCGCCUCCGUGUGUGUAGGCUGUAGUCUAGUACUACUUCCUUCCUUCAGUUCCUUCUCUUCUCCCCCCAUCAGCCCAGCCGCGCAAUGCCGUACAAACCCUAGCCUCCCGCCCUCUGAUCUCUCCGCGCUGCCAUGGGCAACUGCUGCCGCUCGCCGGCCGCCGCCGCGCGGGAGGACGUCAAGUCCUCGCACUUCCCCGCGGCCGCCGCGAAGAAGAAGCCCCACCAGCCGCGGACCGGCGCCGGCGGCGGGCAGAAGCGGCUGGCCGUGCUGGGCGAGGACGGGUGCGAGUUCAUCGGCGGGAUCGACGACAAGUACGUGCUUGACAGGGAGCUCGGGCGCGGGGAGUUCGGGGUGACGUACCUGUGCAUGGAUCGGGACACCAAGGAGCUGCUCGCCUGCAAGUCCAUCUCCAAGCGGAAGCUGCGGACGCCGGUCGACGUCGAGGACGUCCGCCGGGAGGUGGCCAUCAUGCGCCACCUGCCCAAGAGCCACAGCAUCGUGUCGCUGCGGGAGGCGUGCGAGGACGAGGGCGCCGUGCACCUCGUCAUGGAGCUCUGCGAGGGCGGCGAGCUCUUCGACCGCAUCGUCGCCCGGGGCCACUACACGGAGCGGGCCGCCGCCAACGUCACCCGCACCAUCGUCGAGGUCGUGCAACUCUGCCACCGCCACGGUGUCAUCCACCGGGACCUCAAGCCCGAGAACUUCCUUUUCGCCAAUAAGAAAGAGAACUCGCCACUCAAGGCCAUCGAUUUCGGCCUCUCGAUUUUCUUCAAGCCUGGUGAAAAGUUUUCAGAAAUUGUCGGAAGCCCUUAUUACAUGGCUCCUGAAGUAUUGAAGAGAAACUAUGGACCAGAAAUAGACAUCUGGAGCGCCGGGGUUAUCUUGUAUAUUUUACUAUGUGGAGUUCCUCCAUUUUGGGCAGAGACUGAGCAAGGGGUGGCACAAGCUAUCCUUCGUGGAAAUAUUGAUUUUAAGCGGGAACCCUGGCCCAACGUUUCAGAAAAUGCUAAAGAUUUAGUUCGACGUAUGUUGGAACCUGAUCCAAAGAUCAGGUUAACUGCAAAGCAGGUUCUUGAGCACCAUUGGCUUCAAAACGCUAAGAAAGCUCCAAAUGUUCCUCUUGGAGAUAUUGUGAAGUCAAGGCUCAAACAAUUUUCUAGGAUGAAUCGAUUCAAAAGAAGAGCUUUAAGGGUCAUUGCUGAUCAUUUGUCUGCCGAGGAAGUUGAGGACAUUAAGGAGAUGUUCAAGGCAAUGGAUACUGAUAAUGAUGGUAUUGUUUCUUGUGAAGAACUGAAAAGCGGAAUAGCAAAAUUCGGCUCCCAUCUUGCUGAAUCAGAAGUGCAGAUGCUUAUCGAAGCUGUGGAUACAAAUGGCAAGGGAGCAUUAGAUUAUGCCGAAUUUCUAGCGGUCUCUCUUCAUUUGCAAAGGAUGGCAAAUGACGAGCACCUUCGGCGGGCCUUCCUAUUCUUCGACAAGGAUGGCAAUGGUUACAUUGAGCCAGAUGAGCUUCGAGAGGCUUUAAAGGAUGAUGGAGCUGCUGAUAGCAUGGAAGUGGUGAAUGACAUAUUGCAAGAAGUAGACACUGAUAAGGUGACGAUUCUCUUGUAUGAAUGUAUCCACUACAACCAUUACUUUGGUUCUCACUGUCUAAAAUGUCAUCUGCAGGAUGGCAAGAUUAGCUACGACGAAUUUGUAGCAAUGAUGAAGACCGGCACAGAUUGGAGAAAGGCAUCACGGCAUUACUCCAGAGGAAGAUUCAACAGCCUUAGCAUGAAGCUUGUGAAGGAUGGGUCGGUAAAACUGGGCAUCGAGUGAAGCCUGUAGUAUUAAUACGUGCAUGUAGUUAGGCAUUUGGACCCACUAAGCAGAAACUCCUUUGAUUUUGUCAUCAUUAUUUUGCGUGGAAAUUUAGAUAGGUGGAACCCCCUGAUUGUCUUACCUGUGUAAUUAGUUCCCCGGGUAUUUGUCACUGACAAUCGCGCAGGCGGUGAAUGUACGAAAGCUUUGCUGUUUGCGCCUGCAUCCUCCCUUACCUGAUGCCAAGUGUUGUAUACAAUGUUUUGCCGUAACCAGAUGCAGUUUGUUGUAUUGGCGUGCUACCUGUCGCAGAA